UCUGCAAACGUCCAUUUAACCCUGUAUUUCUCUACUAUUCUUUCUCUUUCUCCUUUUUUCUCCUUUUUUCUCUUACCUACUUCAAACAGACCAAACCCCAACAUCACGCCUAUAUAAUUUACACAUAUAUAUUGCAUUUUCUUCUACCUUUACGCCUGAUUUUAGAAAAAUCAACAACUACUUUAAACAAAUAAGGUUGCGGAAUACAUCAACCUUGCACAACUUACAGACACGGAACUCGACCCUUCGUAUCACCAGACCACCUACAGGCUAUCUACCCCAUUAAAAUUCGAAUUUUAGUGUACCUUCUAUCUAUCAAAAAUGCAUCAAGCAAAGGUUUCCAUGGUCGUAAUGGCUAUCGCAACUUGCGCUACGGCAGGGCCAUGGACGUAUGCAGGCUGUCAAUCUGCAUGUGCGGCUGGAACUCUCUGGAUCCCUGCGUUCAGCACUGCAGCGUAUGCUUCUUGCCAGAGCUACUGUGCAUAUUUUCUGCUAGCUCCCACCCCUUAGAUCAACCAUGAUCUCGAAUGCACGACGCGGUUUUUGAAAGUUUGUUUAAGUCGGACUUUGGUGGCACUCUGGUGUUUAGGAAUGGAUAACGGAUGUCUGAUAAUAGUAUGGAUUGGGAAGAGGUUGGUAGGUUAGAACUUGGACAGCGUGGACUACACAAAUUGAUGUUUGACACACAAAUUGAUGUUUGACAAGUGGGAGACUGAAUACAACUUUCCGGUGGUACUAAAGAGGUACCAAUCAAAUCUAUAGGGACUAGGUCGUUGGUUUUAUCUAUCAAUUUUGAUGGCUGGUAUACAUAUGUAAAAUAAAAAGUAACAAGUGAUAUAUCAUUUUCCCCCUCCGUAAAGUAUAGGUACCUACCUAUUAGAUAGGUACAUGUAGUCUACAGCUCUCCGGCGCCAACAGCACACGUGCAUACCUCCGCAUUCGGG